AAGCAGGUGAUCACCAGGUAAGACCAUGGGGGCGUGGCUGGGUCGGGUGUCUCUGGGCGACGCCUGGUACAACAUGUACUCCCGCCUGCUGAGGACCAAACCGGUGGGCUCCAUGGCUCAUGGCUCAGAUGACCUCACCGAGCUGCCGGAGGGCCACCAUGCCGGCCUCGCCAAGGUCCUGACCACGGUGGACCUGGUGUCGCUUGGGGUGGGCAGCUGCGUUGGAACGGGGAUGUACGUGGUCGCAGGGCUGGUUGCCAAAGCGAUGGCGGGGCCGGGGGUCAUCCUGUCCUUCAUCAUUGCAGCCGUGGCAUCGAUACUGUCAGGUGUGUGCUACGCUGAGUUUGGUGUCCGGGUCCCGAAAACCACCGGGUCUGCGUACACCUACAGCUACGUAACCGUGGGCGAGUUUGUGGCGUUCUUCAUCGGGUGGAACCUGAUCCUGGAGUACCUGAUUGGCACAGCGGCAGGGGCGUCGGCUCUCAGCAACAUGUUCGACUCUCUGGCCAAUCACAGCAUCAGUAACUACAUGAUUACCCACCUUGGCACGCUCAGAGGGCUCGGUAAAGGUGAGGACACGUACCCAGACUUAUUAGCCCUCUUCAUUGCCCUGCUGGUCACAGUGAUCAUUGCUCUGGGUGUGAAGAACUCAGUGAAGUUCAAUAACAUUCUUAAUGUGGUCAACCUGGUGGUGUGGGUCUUCAUCAUCAUCGCCGGACUCUUCUUCCUGUCAGUCAGCAACUGGAAGGGAGGCCAGUUUCUGCCAUAUGGCUGGUCAGGGGUGAUGCAGGGUGCAGCAACGUGUUUUUACGCUUUUAUUGGAUUUGACAUCAUAGCGACAACAGGAGAGGAGGCCAAAAACCCAAACACCUCCAUCCCUUAUGCCAUCACUGUGUCUCUGGUCACCUGCCUUACCGCCUAUGUGUCAGUGAGCGUGAUCCUUACCCUCAUGGUUCCCUACAACCUGAUCGAUGGCUCCGCUCCUCUCAUGGAGAUGUUUGCUGUUCAUGGUUUCAUGUGGGGGAAGUACACCGUGGCUGUUGGCUCCAUAGCUGGACUCACCGUCUCCCUGCUGGGCUCCCUGUUCCCCAUGCCCAGGGUCAUCUAUGCUAUGGCUCGGGACGGACUGCUGUUCAGGUUCCUGACACACGUGUCGGCGCUCACACACACUCCUGCCGUGGCGUGUGUGGUGUCAGGAAGUUUGGCGGCCAUCCUGGCUCUCCUGGUGAGCCUCAGGGACCUGAUUGAGAUGAUGUCCAUUGGCACGCUCCUGGCCUACACUCUGGUCAGCGUGUGCGUCCUGUUACUGCGCUACCAGCCUGACCAACAGACCGACACACACCAGUUCCACUCAGAGGACCACGAGGACUACCUGAAGGACGGUGAGCCCACCAAAGACGACCACGAUCUGAUGGGAGGGGGCGAUCACGACGGGUCUUCCUAUCAUGGUGGAGGAACAGAAGGGGAGGCAGACGACUCAGAAUUCCACACAGKCCACGCCCCCCUGCUGAAAAGGCUUCUGGGAGGUCAUUACUACACCCUGAGAGUCCGACUUGGAAUGCCAGAUUCGUCAGCACGUCCCACCCCUGCUACCGGUCGUAUAGUGACCCAAUGCACCCUCUCCUUCUUCUUCAUGUCCUUCUUCCUGUGGUCCACCAUCAUAUUUGGAGUUGAGCAGGGCUCAGGGGUGGGCGCGGCGUUUUCAGGUCUGAUGGCCACAGUGAUAAUGGGAUCGUUGGCGAAGCUUUUGAUUCUGAUCUUACAGCAGCCUGAGAGCAAACAGAGACUACCCUUCAUGGCGCCGUGUGUGCCCUUUGUUCCUGCAGCGGCCAUAUUGGUCAACAGCUACCUCAUGCUGAAGCUGUCUUCUCUCACCUGGGCCAGGUUCACCAUAUGGUGCCUCAUAGGUCUGUUGAUCUACUGUUGUUACGGAGUUUGGCACAGCACGCUGGAGCUGAGCGCCCGUGAGGAGCAGGCCCAUGCCAGCUCCUACCGGCGCUACGACGACAACUUGGACGACACCUUCUCCCCCGACGACGACCUUUACCCCCAGGACCGGGACGACGGACCCUACCAGGGCUGGUCUGCGCCGGAGGAGAAGGGUUAUCGGCAUCAGAACCAGAAUGAGGACCGAGAAGAAGAGCAGGAGCAAAGUCGGUUCGAGGAGGAAGGAGACCAGUAUGGGUACCAGUCUGGAGCAGGAGUCCAGUAUCCAGAGGGAGGCAGCAGGUCCAAGGGAAGGACCAAUCUUGGGUUUGAUGAUGAAGAUGACUGAAAACUUUCCUCCAAAGAACUACGUCUAAAAUCAGGCGGAGUGGGUCAAACCUCUGGAUUUUGUAUAAAAUGACGCCAGAUUUAACAGAUGAUUUAGAGAAAAAGUGAACAUUUCCUGUUUUUCUGAUUGUGUAGUGAGUAUUCAGUGUUGAUGUGUGUACACGAGAAAACAUGUUUAUGAUUAAAUGUCAUCUAAAGAAUCCA